AUGGAACCUCUAUACGACUACAAGUGCUACGCCACCACCUACACGCAACAUCAGCACGGCGACGAUUUCAGCUACAGCCACCAUGUCCACCCUCAAGCAGCACCUCCUCCUCGCUACAAUGACCAGCCAAGCUACUCGUCGAAUGACAUUUCCCCCUCCUCCAUGGCCUCUUCCCGGCACCAGCAGCAGCUCCAUUUUGACCACCACGACUACGACAUGAGCCAGUUCAGCGCUCUCAUGGAGCUCGCCUACAUCUCAGCCUCUACUCCACGAGCAGCAAACGCCGGCUUGGAUGAGCUGGACUACGCCUUCCAAGCAGGCGGGCCGGCCAUGACGCACCAGCACUGCCCUAGUGGCAGCUCGGCUCUGGCCGUAGAACCACCCUCCGACCACGGGAGCAGAAGCAGCGUCGGCGAUGCGCCGGACGAGUCGCCACCGAUUGGGGUUCGGAAGCGGCCGUGGGGCAAGUACGCGGCGGAGAUCCGGGACUCCACACGCAACGGCGCGCGGGUGUGGCUCGGCACAUUUGACACCCCGCAGGCCGCCGCGCUCGCCUACGACCAGGCCGCCUUCGCCCUGCGAGGCCCUGCCGCCGUGCUAAACUUCCCCGUCAACCGCGUGCAGGAGUCACUCAGAGGGCUGGACAUCGGCUGCGUUACCUCAGCUGCUGCGGGGGAAGUGGACUCGCCAGCUCUGGCUCUCAAGCGGCGGCACUGCAUGAGGAAGAGAAAACCCAAGAACAACGAGACGGUGGCCGCGUGUAGGGAUCAGCAGUGCACGGCCACCAGGAAGCCGCUUGCAUCAGCUGCGUCGUCGUCUGGUGUGCUGGAACUGGAGGACCUGGGAGCGGAAUACCUCGAGGAGUUGCUCACAUUAUGCGAUCAAUGA